GGUCGGUGGUCUGUACUCUGUGGUGUCUCAGGUCUCAAUUUGGUGAUUGAAAGAAAAGCCGCAUUUUAUUUUAUUAAAAUUAUUGACGCCCGCUUCAUUUUAGCAUUAAUUGUUUUACUUAGAAAUGUACAGAGAUUUAAAAAACAUGUUUAGUUAUAAAAUCUUAGCAACGAUCGUGAUAUUGAUCUGCCACAGUUUUUACAAUCCUACUGAUAGCGGUGCUGUUCAAAUUACUCAGAGCAAUUUAGAUAUGGUGUUAGCGUCCAACGAAGUGGUGUUUAUAAAUUUUUAUGCUGAGUGGUGUAGAUUCAGCAAUAUGCUGAUGCCAAUAUUUGACGAUGCAGCUGAUGAAGUAACGAAAGCCGGUUACGACCCUGGCAAAGUGGUGAUGGGAAAAGUAGACUGUGACAAGGAAGGGGCAAUUGCAACGAGAUUUCAUAUAUCUAAGUACCCAACUCUUAAGCUGUUUAGAAAUGGUUCGCCAGCUAAAAAGGAGUACAGAGGCCAGCGUUCUGUUGAAGCAUUCGCAGAGUUUAUUAAAAAGCAGUUAACUGAUCCUGUUAUCACAUUUGGCCAUCUAAAAGAGCUUCAUGACCUGAGUGAGGAAAAGAGGCAUAUUAUUGGCUACAUGGACCGAAGAGACCAGCCUGAAUAUGAUGUCUUCCGUAAAGUGGCAGCCAGCCUUAAAGAUGAAUGUCUGUUCCACGUAGGAUUUGGUGAAGCUUCACAGCAAAUGCAUCCGCCAGGCCAGCCUAUUGUUGUAUUCAGAACGGACAAAAAAAGAUCAGUUGAACCCGAUGAGACAUUCCAUGGAUCAUUGCUCAACUUUGAGGAACUAUACACUUGGGUGCAACAGAAAUGUAUCCCACUUGUGCGUGAAAUCACAUUUGAAAAUGCAGAGGAACUGACUGAAGAAGGAUUGCCAUUCCUUAUCCUGUUCCAUAAGCCCACUGACACAGAGAGUGUGAAGAAAUACAAAGAAAUUGUCAGAAGAGAACUUGAAUCUGAAAAACAAAACAUAAACUUCCUAACGGCUGACGGCAUAAGGUUUGAACAUCCUCUGCAUCACCUCGGCAAGUCGCUGUCAGAUCUGCCCUUGAUCGCCAUCGACUCAUUCCGGCACAUGUACCUCUUCCCAGAUUACAAGGAUAUGGAGAAACCUGGAAAACUCAAGGAAUUCCUCCAAGAUUUAUACUCCGGGAAACUUCACAGAGAAUUCCAUUAUGGCACUGAUGCACCAAAUGUGGUGCCCAACGCAGACAUAAAGGUGACCACUCCACCAGAGUCCACAUUCAAGAAACUUGCACCAUCUAAGAACAGAUACACUCUCCUGCGAGAUGAAUUAUAAGGAUCAUUGCUAGUAUACAGUUUUGUAGGUAAUUUUGCCACUACAACAUAUUUCUAUUCAAUAAAUUAAUUCAAUAUCUCAUUUAUUUUUCUUUUCUUAUAUUUUUUAUUUACUAUUAUGGUUGUUUUUCAUUUCCGUAUUUUAUAUGCAUAACUACAAGAGUAAAUAAAUAGUUUGAUUAUACAAUACCAGUUUAAUAUUUAAAAUGUGCUUGUAAAUGUUGUAUGAUUAGUUAAAAUUAUUGUAUAAUAUUAUAAUAACACUAGUGAUGCCUGCAAAUGUCUGCGUGGAUUUUGAAGUUUUGAAAAUUCUGUGGGAACUCAAUUUUCCGGGAUGAAAAAUAGCUUAUAUCACUCUCCAGGUCUUCUUCUUCUUAACUAUUUCCACGCAAAAAGUCACAUUGCUCCAUCGCAGUGUGAUUGAAGGACAAACCAAUUUUUAUAACAUGAUCCUGUAUUUUUUUAACUAUUUCUUUGUAUUAUAAACAUUUCUUUUACAAUCAUUCAUCUGAAUUGUUUUUCGUCAUACAAAACAGAUGGCAAACAUAAUAUAUUAAAAUUAAAUUUUUAAGUUUAUUUAUUUAGAGUAAGAAAAAUUGUGAUCUAAUCUGACAUGCAAUCUUGAUAUUGAUCGCCGUGUACCUAAUAAUAUUAUGUACUUCAAAAUUGAUUAAACAGAUUUUGACCACACAACAAUAGAAAUAUAGUUUUUUGAGAAGUAAAUGACAAAGAAUAAGCAAAUGUUAAAUGUGUAUUUUAUAACUAUCUGGUAGUAAACUCACGGCCUUUCCGUAGUUUAAAACAACAGUAACAGGCAAGCAUGCAUAAACUAACAUAUUAUUUUAAUACUAGUUGAUAGAUAGUUGUUUUUAAAAAUAAAAUGCAAUCUGUCUUUGAUCCUGUCUGCCCGAGAUAGAUUCUCUCUUUUGUUUGAUGUAAAAAAGCAGACAGAUAUGAGAUAUAGUAUUUCAGCACAUUUAAGUUUGCUUGGUGAAUUAGAACAAAAAUAUGUUACAGUACGGUACAUGCUAAGUUAAUGCAAAAGUAUUGCUUCUCGUUGGUCAUAGUAUAUAACCAACGAGAUGAUUGUGCAACGUUUAUCGAAAUUAGUUUGGAACUCGCUCAAAUAUUAUAAUCAAUAUAAUUUGCGAUGUUAUUAAGUGAAUGGUAUGAUUGUGACAAACAUUAAUUAAUUAUACGAUGUACAUUUUAUUCACUCUGUUCACACGUUUUUUUUAUUAAUACUUAAUUUAAAGAGACGGUCAAGUGCGAGUUUUAGGGUUCCGUACAUAUUUAUGAAUAUUACAUUUUGGGUGUAUGAAAUAUUUCUGAUUGGAGCUACAAGUAGAACAUCACAAUAAACCGUAAAAGGAAAAUCCAAAAAAUGUUUAGUUUGGUCACAGGUUAGAAACUAUUUCAUAAAUCAUUGUUUUCAGUUGUUUAAAUACAGUAUAUGAUACAUACCGAAAUUUCAUAUUUCUAACUAGUCUAGUUUUUGAGAUAGCCCCUGUCACAAAAAUGGUCUAAAACUGACAACUUUGAUGGCAUUUCUUUAUUUUUUAAGAUAAAAAAAAAUAUUCGUACUCUACUCAAUGAGCUCUAAACAAUGAUUCUAGGGUAAAAAAAACAGCUUCUUUUUCAUGUAGGGACUUGGGAGCUCCUUGUAAAAUAAUUUAAUUGAAUUUGUUAUUCAAUAUUUAGUUUUAAGUCAAUGUUCUACAUCAAAUAACAAUAUUUCAGACCUGUGAUCGGCGGGCACAGACAGCAGAGUGACAUUAAUAGGGCUCCGUUAUUACCCUGUGGGUAGGGAACCCUAAAAACAAGAAUUUAUGUAAGUGCGUAAAGAAAGACGAUUGUUGUUACAUAUUAUGUAGAUGAUUAUAAUUUUAUGGUAACUACUUAAUAGUUUUUAUAACUAUUGGAGCUGCUUUACUGUCUAAUAUUUUCUAAUAGUAUUUUUUGUAACUUCCAUUAUAAUUCUGUUUAUUUUAUUGGGACAUUCAAAUGGUAUGAUUUCUUUCUUAAAUACAUCAGUAUAUUAUAUUGUUCUGUAAUAUUCUAUUUUUGAUAUGGUCCAAUGUGUAGUUAUUUAUUUCAUUGGUUUGUAUAUGAAAUCAGUUUUCCGCUAGUUAUAAUAUCUGGAACUGAGGUUGUUGUAUAUAAAUCGAAAAUUUCAAUUGGUGUAUAAAACACCGUAACCGCAAUAAAAUAUUUUAAAAAGAGCAAAAUUUUUGACAAAAUUUUCAACGCAAGUAUAAACACUGUUUUAGUUGUAAAUGAAGGACUUUACUACAUUAAGAUCAUGUUUUAGAUAGUUUAUAUAUCAAAAGAAUUUGCUUUCUAUAUUCAUACUAACAAUUUGUAUACCUAAGUAUUAAAAUAAUUUUAUAGACAUUGAAAUUCAUAAAAAAGGCAAAUGACUUACAAGCUUGCACCAAUUGCAAUUUUCAGUGUCAAUUUAUAUUAAGGUAUAAACCUAAUAAUAAUAUUACGCCUUAAAAAGUUAGGUUCGUACAAAAAUUGUUUUCUCGUAUUUAAUAGCUCUUAGACCAAUGAAUAAUGCUGUGUAGUAAAAUUUUGCAUGCGAUUUUAACUCAGUCUAAGAGUGGUUCUUAAUCCGAAGCAUUUAGCUAAUUCGUUAAUUAUGGUAUUUACUUAGAUCUAAUUAUAUUUAAUUUAAAAAUAAGAUGCGCUUUGUUUUGAAAAAUGUUAUUUCUAAUUUUUAAUCGUUGCUUUUGCGUAAAACGUCCAGGAAAUUGUAUUCUAGAUGAAUUUACAUUCCUCUCUUCAAAAAAGUAAAGGAAAUGUAAUUUUACUUAAAUUAUUAUUAACCAUAAUAUUGUGAAAAUAGUGUACAAAGUGAAUGUUUCGUGACGUGUGACGUGUAUUGUAAUAAAUUUUUGAUCCUCA